UCUGACUCAAAUUAAAUGAAGAAGUACAUGGCGGAAGGGCACAACAGUCACCCUGAGAUAGUGGGGAUAUUGAUGUACAGAACUUCCUGUGUGUGAAUUGGAGAACAAGGUUGUGUGAGGUGGAUGCUGAGCCAUACAGUGAAAGCUGUGUGUGGUGGCAGCAGCAGCUGUGGCUACUGGACACCAGCAUCAAGAUUCACCAUAUGCAGUGAAAGAUCCAACAUCAUUGCUUCCUCCUGGAGAUGGUCUCCAUUCUCCACUGCUGGAGACGACACAGAACAGACUGCCGCUCCAAAGAAAAAAAAGCAAGAUCCCCGAGGUCAUGCCACAAUCAGCGCAGUCGGCCGUAAGAUCCCGCAGCGUGAGAUACAGGUGAUAAGUGAGACAGGCGAGAACCUGGGCACCAUGCACCGCGCAGAUGUGAUCAGAGUCAUGGACGAGCAGGGUCUCAAAUUGGUGCUGCUCAGUGAACACAAAGAUCCUCCCGUCUACCGGCUGAUGAGCGGCAAACAGAUCCAUGAAGAGCAGCUGAAACUGCGGGAGAAGCAGAAAGCAAAAGCAGCCCCCGUGCAGGUGAAGGAGCUCACCUUUUCAUCCGGCAUCGCAGCUCAUGAUCUCUCAACCAAGAUGAAACAAGUGGAGAGUUGGCUGGAGAAGAAGAACCAUGUUAGAAUUACUUUGCGAUCAGGACGUGGCGGACCUGCAGUCAACCUGGACACAACUCUGGAGCAGAUAGUGCAACAAAUGGAGGUGAUGGUGGGAUUUGUUUCUAAGCCAAAAGCCAUACGUGACGGUCAAGCAGCCAUGUGCAUCCUCCGACCACCUUCAGCAAAGGAACUGUCACAAAAAGGGAAGAACAUGACCGCAGCUUCGCAGUCCGACGACUCGAGUUCGAAUGCCACGGAGAGCAAAACAACCAUCCCUCCUGUUAGUAACUCGGACACAACAAAAGGGUCUAUACAGCAGUGAUCCAAUGGAAAUAAAACAUUUUCAUAAAAACGAAUUGAAGCCUGUUGCUAAAAUCUCACAUUUUGGUGUAAAAUACCUCAUCAGACUCAACUCGUAGUGUAUUGUGUGUAGGUAUUUAAUAAAGCUUGGUGUAUAAUAAUGAUGCAUCCAGCGAAAUGGAUUAGUCCUCUGAAAGUUUCAACGGUGGCAGAGAUACACUAGUCCCAAAACGUUGUGGAUGUGCAGAGUGUUUUUAAUGAAUGUAUUCACUUCUACUACAUCUGUACUAAAACAUAUCACAGCCAAUAAUCUGCUAACUGGUCAGCUUGUUGCAUUAGGCUUUUACUUUCACUUUAUAGUUACCUAAACACUGAAUUUUAUUUAUAAGCGCAGUUCAUCAUUCACAGGUUGCAUUCUUGAAAA